GACUCAUGACUUGUCGUAAGCCAUCACCACUCUUCAGCUUACGGGGGCGGACGGCGUAAUUUCUGCUGGUGACACUUGUUCUCGGAAGGCAUAUGGAUAUCCUGAUGCAUCUACUCGAGUCAGGAGGCCAUGUUUUGGUACGUUUCUUCUGUUGGGCGCACCGGUAUCGCAACUUCAUCCGGUCACUAGAUUACCACUGCCAGGGUGCAUAGAACAAUUCAACCCCGUCAACAGGUUUGACUAUCCCUUGAUACAGGAAUUGCGAAUAUUUAUGUUUCCGUGGUAAUUGAGCACACUGCCUUUCUUUAAAUCUAGAUUAUUUCACGUUGAACUUGAACGUCCUUUUCCGAGUCUCAGUCGGUAUGUCCGCCGAAGACAGCUGCAUUGUGUUCAUUCCAGCUCCGGUAAGACAGGAUCUUUGUUCUUGCACUGACUCUGUACCGCUUCACCUUGCAGCGUUUUCAAAACUAUGAUGACAAACUACCCGCGACCAUUUCAGAAAACAUUACAGUAGCAAAUCGGCUCGACUGACUGUUCAUAUCAUCAUGCGCCCCGCCGUGCUCGCGCAGAAAAGUCGAGACACCGGUGUAGCAGUGGCUCAUUUUAUCGGUCACACGAUAACAUAGCCUGGUCAUGUUCACUAUAAAGCUUCAUUAUUCUUCUCGACAGACCUCUCACUCAAAAGAUCUUCUAUUCACUCGAUAAUGAACGUCCCCUUCAAUUCCUCUAUUCCAUUCUCUUUCAGCGAUGAGCCCUUCACAGGGCCAUGGCAGCCUGCGGACUCCUACCUAGAGUGCCUCCAGCCUCUAGUAGGGGGCGUCGUAGCUUUCUUCGUGACCAUCUUCCUUUCCAGAUACUCGCAUAGCUCGGGCAAGGGCAAACUGCCCCCCGGACCAUCUGGAGUCCCAUUUUUCGGAAGCUUGUUCCAAUUAAUGACAACCCCGCGACUAUGGAUAACCUUUGCAAACUGGGGGAAACAGUAUGGGCCAUUGAUACAUCUCAAGGUUGCAGGCAAACAUAUGAUCAUCAUGAACAAUCACAAGGUCGCUGCCGAUUUGCUUGAUCGACGUGCUUCCAAUUACAGUAGUCGACCUAAUUUCAUAGUUGCUUCGGAGAUGCUUACCGGGGGCCUUCUGCUGCCGUUUCAAGGCUAUACGGAUCUAUGGCGAACGAUGCGACGUGCCGCUCACGAAGGGCUGAACAGCUCCGCUGCUCGACAUUAUCAUGCAGCUCAAGAAAAGGAAGCUACACUCAUCGUGCAAGGGAUGCUCAAAGACUCCAAUAACUGGGACGAUGAGCUCAAACGAGCAACGUCCUCGAUGAUCCUCGGCGUUAUAUACGACACACCUACUAUUGAAUCUUGCCAUGAUCCCAAAGUGGCAUAUGUCAACGACUUUGUUAUUCGCUUUGUUAGCGCUGCAUCUCCUGGCGCGCACUACGUGGAAUACUUCACGUGGAUGAAGUACCUCCCCUCAGCUAUUGCAAAAUGGAAGCGGGAGGCUUUGGAAUGGUAUCGCCGAGAUUCGAUCUAUCUGGGAAAGAUGUAUGCAGAGGUACAGGAACGCAUCAAACAGGGUGAAGAUAUCAACAGCUUUGCAGCUACUCUCAUCCGUGAUGAGAGGCAGCUUGGUUUGGAUAAUACACAGUCAGCAUGGUUGGCUGCUACAAUCUAUGCUGCUGGAAGUGAAACGACUUCUACAGUGAUGGCUUGGUUUAUGCUCGCGAUGCUUGCAUAUCCUGAAGUCCAGAGGAAAGCGCAAGAAGAACUCGAUACGGUCAUUGGGCGUGGACGCAUGCCUACUAUUGCAGACCGCGACAGGUUACCCUAUAUCAGUGCUUGUGUUCGAGAAGCGUUGAGGUGGAGAUCAUUAACUCCGAUAGGUGCACCCCAUCAGUCCGUCGAAGAUGAUUGGUACGACGGAUAUUUCAUACCCAAGGGCACCAUUUGCAUCGCCAACCAAUGGGCGAUGAACUCGGAUCCGGAUGUCUAUGGCCCUGAUGCCGAUGAAUUCAAUCCACGCCGUCAUCUCGACGAACAUGAACAUCUAACCUGUCCGUUCCCUGAUACACAUGAUGGGCAUGUUAGCUAUGGCUUUGGUCGAAGGAUCUGUGUUGGCCGUCAUGUUGCCAACAACGGGCUCUUCAUCAAUAUGGCGUCCCUUUUAUGGGCUACAACUAUCAUGCCGACCACAGAUGCACAAGGAAAGCCUGUUAUUCCUGACACACAUGACUUCAUCAAUAACGGACUUGUGUUGCGACCUCUUCCUUUCAAAUGCAAAGUCAAACCCCGUUUUCCUGAAGCAGAGGCGAUUGUAGCUCAAACCAGAGAACUUUCACAAGCCUGACAGCCAGUGUGGUCUAAGGCGAUAGCCAAAGAUUUCCGUGACCAGGUGCAUGAAAAUGUUACUUAUUGUAGUCUACUUUUACUUGCAUAAUCAGACAUUCUCCUCCUGAAGUGAAGAGCAGCGCACGUAG